AAUCGGUGAGACAAGAUGCAUUUUCUUGUUUUUAUUUUCGGUUAUCAUUAUCAAAGAGAAAUACGAGCCAAUGGAGAUAAAAGUCUUGCGUCUAGAUUACGUUAAACACUCCCUCCCUUUCCGGAGGGCGAUCCAGAAUUGAAUCUAGAAUUCUUUCAGUAGUUACUUUGUUCUGGUCAGUCAGAGGACCGACAUGGCUUUCCAUAUUCCGGUGAAUUAUUCAUUACUGACUAUUCUGAUAUUAACGACAAACAUUAACGAUUAUUCAGCUGGCCUUGCUCAGGCGAAUAGCAUCGUUCGUCAGACAGUGAACAUUCCUCAAGGUACCUUGCUGGGCACGGUUCGAAAGACCAUCCACAAUCGAACGGUUUCAGCAUUUUUGGGUAUACCGUACGCGCAACCGCCGGUUGGGGAUCUCAGGUUCCGGAAUCCUGUACCUGCGGAUGGCUGGAGUGGGACUCGCGAUGCCACCUUGGAUUCGGAAAUGUGCCCCCAGUUACUGGGGAACGAAGUUAAGGGAAAGGAAGACUGUUUGUGGAUCAACGCUUACACGCCGAAGCUCCCGAAGGGUGAUAAUUCAUCGCUACUUCCAGUGAUGGUUUACAUCUACGGAGGAGCCUUCACCUCCGGAAACGCAAGAUCCGACAGGUACGGACCAGAGUAUUUACUCGAUGCGAACAUAGUUCUCUUUCUACCGAGUCACCGAGUCGGUCCAUUUGGAUAUUUGAGCACCGGUGACGAAGUCGCGUCUGGUAAUUGGGGCCUCAAGGACCAGAUCCUCGCACUUAAAUGGGUCCAGAAUAACGCAAGAUACUUUGGUGGCGAUCCGGACCGAGUCACACUGUUCGGUGCAAGUUCGGGCGGUGCCUGCGUCCAUCUUUUAACCUUAUCAGACCUCACCAUUGGACUGUUUCACAAAUAUAUAACGCAGAGCGGAUCGGCUCUCGGUAUCUGGUCCCAAUUACCAAGAUCUGGUUACUCGAGCCGGGCUUACCAACUUGGCGAGUACGUCGGCUGCUCGAACAAGACGUCAGCGGCUCUGGUCAAGUGCCUGCGAGAAAUUGACUUCGCCAAAAUCAUAGCUACGGCACCGCGUUUCAUUCGCUGGCAUAUAUGGCCGGCAAUUGUUUGGGCCCCAACUGACGAGCCGAAUAUCGAAGGCGCGGUAUUUACCGACACUACGGCUAAUAUAUUUGCGGCUGGGAAAAUCCGGGACUUGCCUUGGAUUUCCGGUGUUGUCCGAGAUGAAGCGAUUCUCUAUACCGUUAAGUUUUUCGAAGACAAGGAACUGUUUCGCCGCUUUCUGGAGAACUUCGAUGCUGUUCUACCUCAAGCUGCAACGUUGGAUUAUCAACCGGAUAAAGGGGCUGCUUACGUCGAUGCCGUGAAGUCGUACUACUUGACAGGUGGUCUAAGUGGAAAUGAAAGUUUGAUACUCCAAAACGUUACGGACGCCGUCGGCGACGUUCUUUUUCGAUAUCCAGCCUACAGCGCGCUUCUUCAGCACCACGCUGUCGCGAAAAAUCCGCAGUAUUUCUACACGCUGCAGUACCGGGGCACUUUCAGCAACAUCUUUUUCUCCCAGGACAAUCCGAAAAGCUUGGGUGUGGGACACGGUGAUGAUACGUUUUACAUAUAUUUCCCGGAGUUGCAGUUUUCACCCGCCAUUUACAACAGAACCGUUACAAAAAGAGAUUUGGAAGUUACGGACAUCAUGGUACAGUUGUGGACGUCCUUUGCGAUCGACGGAACACCAACUUCCCCGGCUUUAAACGGGACACCGUGGGCCCCAUUCUCUGCAACAGAGGGCAACUAUCUUAGGAUAGGAAAUGAAUACGAGGUAUCACUGGGAAUGGAACAUGCCUUUUAUAAAGAGCGAAUGGAGUUUUGGUCGACUGUAACGGAAGUCACACGAAAACGUUGGUCUCUAUCACCUUAGCUGACAGCCUAAAACAGAAUUUUCUAUAAAACUUAUUAGAUAGACCAAAUACUCCAAGUACAAAAAUCUCGCGCGUGUCUGCGUUGAAUUGACUCGAAGAAAGGAUAAAUUCGUACAACGUCAUGCAGAUUAACCGACUGUUUAGAAGUCGAGUGUAUUGUAAUGUACAUAUUCUGUUAUGCUCGAGGAAUCUUGGAUAGAAAAGUAUAGGAUUUAUAAAGAAUCAUAUUCCUGGAGCACGUAAGACGUGAGUUUGGGAUUAAAAACUCGAUCAUCAUUCAACGAUAAGCAUAUAAUUAGUAUGAAAAAACACCGCUUCCAUAACGUUAUCUGUUUCGAUUGAAUCACUGUCUCAUCGUUCACCAUAUUAAAAGUGGUUCGAAUCAAUUACUUUCCUACAUACCUGGUUGGUACAUGAAAUAAAUUUCACCACC